AACAAGAUAUGGUGUACACGCAAGUAAAAGCAUCAAUGAAUCAAAAAUUUAUAGACUAAUUGCCUUAAUUAAAGAAGAAGAAACUUUACUUGAUAAGGAAGAAAUUCCUAAACAAUACAAUCAUAAAGCAAUACUCCUACAAGAAAAAGAAAAUAAUAUUAUCCAAGAAUAG